UACAAAAAACCAAUAUGCAUGUACUCUUCGUGUCUUCCUAAAACAGCACCAGUUUCCGCUUAAUCCAUAGAUCACAUUUUACAAUUCACACUGCACUAAUAUUUCUCUCUCUACAAGUGAUGGGUAGGAAGCGGAGUUCGCCGGUGAAUGUGGUGUUCGGGUGGAUGAGGCGGCGGAGUGUGACGGUGAAGACGCUGUUGGGAGUGGUGAUUGCAUUGGGUUGUUUGGUGGGGUUGAAGUUUGUAGUGAAAGAUCAUAAUCAUUUCUUUAUUGCUUCUGAGGCUAUUCAUGCUGCUGGUAUUCUUGUUUUGAUUUAUAAGCUCGCCACUCAAAAAAGCUGCUCUGGUCUUUCACUUAAGACUCAAGAGCUCACAGCUCUGUUUUUAGCAGUAAGAUUGGUUUGUAGCAUCAUAAUGGAAGCCGACAUUCAUACAGUUCUAGACUUUGCUACUUUAAUUUCGACUCUCUGGUUAUUAUACAUGAUAAGGUUCAAGUUGAAGUCAACUUACAUCAAGGAACUUGACAAUAUGCCCUUAUACUACUUGGUGGUGCCUUCUGUCAUUCUUGCUGCAAUUAUCCAUCCUUAUACCAAACAUAUAUAUAUUAGCAGAAUUCUUUGGGCAUUUUGUGUGUACUUAGAGUCUGUCUCGGUGUUGCCGCAGCUUCGCCUCAUGCAGAAUGCAAAGAUGAUUGAACCGUUUACAUCUCAUUAUGUGUUUGCACUGGGUGUUGCGAGAUUCUUAGCUUGUGCGCACUGGAUUAUACAGGUUUAUGAGACUCGCGGACGGUAUCUAUUCUUGGCUGGAAGUGGAUACCUCUGGUUUCCUAUGGCACUUCUUGCAGAAGGUGUUCAGACAUUUAUACUGGCUGAUUUUUGUUACUAUUAUAUCAAGAGUUUCAUGGGAGGCCAGCUACUGAUGAGAAUGCCUAUUUAGAAUCUCUGAUGUUUAAUAAUUAUGAGAAUUUUAUUUAGACAGGAUGGUUAUGUACCUUUCGUCUCCAUUUUAGUUUGUUCUCAUUAAAAGAAAAUUAGUGAAGUUUAAUUUAA